GCCCCGCCCCCGGCCCGCGCUCUCACGCCGCCCCCUCCACCCGGCUCCCCUCCCGCCCUCCGCUCGCUCGCUCGCAGCCGCGCUCUCCCCGCCCCUCACCGCAGCCUGCAGCCGCGCUCACCACCGCGGUCCGCCCAGCCGGCCUCGGCACCCCGGGACCCGUUAGUGCCCAGCGUCCUGCCUGCCCGCGGGGCCGACGCGCGACCCCUCCCAGGCGCGAGCCCGCUCCCGCCCCUCCCGACACUUGACCCAGCCGGGUCCCAACGCCCAGUGCGGCCGCCCGGGGAGCUGUGGCGGCGGCUGGGGAGGAGGAGGGAGAGAAGGGCCGAGCCGGCGGCCGGGAGGCCCGGUUUUGGAGCCGCGUCUUUGCCCGAGUUAGGUCUCGCCUAGCCCCAGUUCUUUCUCUGUACUUUGCGAGUAAGUUUUGGAGCCUAUGGGUGAAAUUUGGCUUUCAUUCAUGAAUGAGGAAUUAUUCUUGACAGAAGUAUUUUAAAAGAAAAAUCUGUACCAUGGCUUCAGCAGUACUUAGUUCUGUUCCCACUACAGCCUCUCGUUUUGCACUGUUACAAGUGGAUAGUGGCAGUGGUUCUGAUUCUGAACCUGGAAAAGGCAAAGGUCGGAAUACCGGAAAGUCUCAAACUUUGGGAAGCAAAUCAACUACAAAUGAGAAAAAAAGAGAGAAAAGAAGAAAAAAGAAGGAACAGCAACAGAAUGAAGCAAAUGAGCUCAGGAAUCUUGCUUUUAAGAAAAUUCCCCAGAAAUCCUCCCAUGCCAUUUGUAACACGCAACAUGAGCUUUCAUUGUCAAACCCGGUACAGAAAGAUUCACGAGAAGAAAAUUGGCAAGAGUGGAGACAAAGAGAUGAACAGCUGACAUCUGAAAUGUUUGAAGCAGAUCUUGAGAAGGCAUUGUUGCUAAGUAAAUUAGAAUAUGAAGAGCACAAAAAGGAGUACGAAAAUGCUGAGAAUUCUUCAACUCAGCCAAAAGUUAUGAAUAAAAAGGAUAAAAGAAAGAAUCAUCAGGGAAAAGACAAGCCUCUCACAGUAUCACUAAAAGAUUUUCAAUCUGAAGAUCAUAUUAGUAAAAAGACUGAGGAAUUGAGUUCUUCUCAGACUUUGUCACAUGAUGGAGGAUUCUUCAAUAGACUGGAAGAUGAUGUUCAUAAAAUUCUUAUUAGAGAAAAAAGAAGAGAACAGCUUACAGAGUAUAAUGGAACAGAUAAUUAUACAGCUCAUGAACACAACCAGGAAGUGGUUCUGAAAGAUGGAAGAAUUGAAAGACUAAAGUUGGAACUUGAAAAGAAAGAUGCUGAAAUCCAGAAACUGAAAAAUGUGAUCACUCAGUGGGAGGCAAAGUAUAAAGAAGUAAAGGCAAGAAAUGCACAGUUAUUGAAAAUGCUGCAGGAAGGUGAAAUGAAAGAUAAAGCAGAAAUUCUUCUACAAGUUGAUGAAUCACAGAGUAUCAAGAAUGAGCUAACGAUACAGGUGACUUCACUUCAUGCAGCAUUAGAACAAGAACGAUCUAAAGUGAAAGUAUUACAAGCAGAAUUAGCCAAAUACCAGGGUGGCAGAAAAGGGAAAAGAAACUCUGAAUCUGACCAGUGUAGGUGAUUACAUUAUUAGCCUUUGAAAUCAACAAAAAAUUAAAACUUUCAGGGUUUUGCAAAAAUGUAUAUAUUUAAUGCUGUGCAACUGCUAAACUGUGCAGUUUUGUUGAAGAAACUAAAAGCAACUAGUUCACUAACAGUCUAUAAUUUUAUGUUCUUUUGACAUAAAGUGAAAAGAAGAAAUAUAGAAUUCCAAAUUCAGUGUUUAUUGUUUACUAUUCGUACUUCUUAUCACUUUAGUUUUUCAUCAGUCAAUAAAGUUAAUUUACUCUUCCA